AUUAUGUAUAACAACACCUUAAAACUAAACAAAUAUUGUAGAUGUUAGAAACGUUCAUCAACUUGACUACUAUGAAGAAUUCGCCGGAAAAAAAUCCAUUUGGUUUUAACUCUUAUGCACAAUAAUUGAAAAUCCGGUAGUGAGUUGGUAUAACAACAUUUCAAGUAAAAAAAAAAUAAGGGAAAGUAACAGGUGCAUACCUUUUAAAAUUGAUUUAAGCUCAAAGAUGGAUUGUGAAAAUGUAGGAUUUGUUGACUGUCAUACACAUCUUGCAGAUUCAAUGUUCGAACAUGACAUCCAAGCCGUGGUUGAAAAUGCAAAGAGAGCUGGAGUAGCAGCCGUCCUUGUGUGUACAGUGACUCCGUCUGACUUUCCCUUAGUGCUGCGACUCUGUGAUCAGUAUCCCGAUGUACUGGUUCCUUGUUUAGGUAUCCACCCUGUCCAGAAAGAUUCUAAUGGUGAACAAAGAUGUGUCAGCCAAGAAGACCUAGAUAAAGUUUUAACAGAGAUAGAGCAGAAUGCCGAUAGAGUUUGUGCAUUAGGGGAAGUUGGUCUGGACUUUCAGCCACGUAUUACUCCGGAAAGCAUUCACAAGGAUAUCCAGAGAAACGUUUUGAAAACCCAGGUUGAACUGGCAAAUAAGUAUGACCUUCCACUAAAUGUACACUCACGAUCUGCGGGUAAACCCACUAUAGCAGCUUUAAAAGAAUUUGGUGCUAAAUCUGUCCUCCUGCAUGCGUUUGAUGGAAGACCAAGUACUGCGAUGGAGGGAGUGAAAGAAGGAUAUUUCUUUUCAAUUCCGCCCUCGAUUGUAAGAAGUGAUCAGUUAAAACUUGUCAAGCAGUUGCCAAUGGAGAACAUUGUGUUGGAGACUGAUUGUCCUGGGUUAGGUCCAGUGAAAGGCGAGAGGAAUGAACCUGCUAAUGUACAGAUAUCUUGUGAUUACAUCGCCAAAGUAAAAAACAUGACUCCUCAAGAUGUCAAGAGAAUAACCACGCAAAAUGCCCUAAAACUGUUUCCCAAACUCAUGAAAAUCUUAAAAUAGAAUCAUUUACCUUACUGAAAUCAAGAAUUAUUAUUUGUUCUUAUUCCUGUUAUUAAAAUUUCAGUAAUAUAGUAGUCUUUAUUGCACGAUAAACUGUUCUAGAAAAUUUAAGCAAGUAUUUAUGAAGUUAUAUGUUUAUGUUCCAAUUAUUAAAAUUUUAGAAAUCAAUUUCAUUAGCGUAUUUACUAUUGAUAAAAUUAAAGAAGUAUAAAAACAAACAUUUAGACUUUUACCAGGGCUCUUUAACAAACUUUUUUUGUUGCUAAGAUUGAAAAAGAAAACUAAAGCCUAUAUAUGUAUGAGAAGCGUCUUUAAAAAACAUAGAAAACGGACUUCAUCUAAACUUAAACGGCAACAAAUAAGACAUUUAUAAUUUUAAAAAAUUUAAAUGACUUAUUAUUUAAUAAUAAGUUUAGAAUAUUACAAGACACCAAUGAACAAACUAGAGUGGUUCUACCGAAUUAUGGCUUGAAACGUGACAUGUAGACAGUGCUUCUGUUAUUAUUUGUUUGUUUCUUAUAAAAUAUAUAGAGAAUGACCAUUUCAUCACUUUUUUUGUCCCGGAAAUGCUGUUUAGAAGUACUAUGUUACAUGUUUUGCCUUACCAAAAAAAAAUGUGUGGUAAGACCGUGAAAUUUUAUAUCUCGGGUAAUACAUUUUGAAAAUGACUGCUUUCUAUAAACACGAUAAAGGGCAGAUAAUUAUUUUCCAAUAGACAAAGUGCGAAUGAUUGAAUUUUCGCUGUUCUAAAUUUUGAUCAUUUAGAAUAUAUUAAUUUAUUUUCCUAAACUUUUUAUGGAAACAUAAUUUUAAAAAAAAUAUCUAAAUUUCAUUCCAGGAUUUAUUUUUUCAACAACUUUUGUAGGUUUUUCUCAGGCGAUGAUGCAUGCUAUUUUUGUUUAGAGAGAGAAAGAUAAUAUAAAUUGUUAUUUAAAAGCUUUCACACAAAUAUUUAUGAAUCAUCCAUCAAAGAAUGUUAUGCUUUCAUCUUUUCACAUCAGCUACGCUCUUAAAGCGAUGUUUUAAUUUCAGUUAUGAAACUUUUGUUCUCUUCAUACAAUCUUUAUAAAGAAAUCAAUUUGAACGCCGUAUUUAUUUUUCUUAGUCGUGUGUAGAAUUAAGAAAUUCCAAAGCA